GGCGGUAAGAAUACAUUUUAAAUUAAUGCAGUCACUUUUGACUACAGCUGUGCAAGUGCAAUUCUGGUUUUUUAUAUAAUUACGGGAUUUGCACAACCUUGCUAUGCUCAGCGUGUCUUCUAAUAUUUCAGAGUGUGUGUGUGCUAACGGAAUAAGAGAAAAGCGUAGUAAGAAAUCUGGUUUUUCCAGAUAUACUCCGCUUACAAUAACAACUAUGCUAAUUUGGGGAGAGUGCGAUCAACAAUCAACAGCAUUGACCCCUCUCAGACGAAUCGUUAGCCCCCAAAUUGAUAACGAUGUUCUGCUUUCUGUUCAAUGAACAACAUCUUUCUAAUUGAAAGUCCAGCAUCGUCGUCAACAACAUCAACAUGUUCAGCGCAAGGAGCAUCCGCAACUUGAUCAUCUGCUGCACAAUCAUCAUUGCCACAGUCAAUGGCGCCAAUAAACCUGUGAUACACUAUGGACGCUGCAAUGUGGGCAGCGAGGCGGGAUAUUGUCAGCAUCGCCACCAAUGCUGGGAGCAGCCCAACGUCGACUUCAAUAGCGCCAGUCGGAGUCGUUGUGUCAGCCAAGUGCACAGUGAUUUGGUAUGCUGUCGCCGCGCUCCAGUCGUCGAGGCACUCGUCAUGCAAUACAGAUUGCAGCUGCCACAACCCGGAGUAUGUGGCAAUUCAGAGUUUGAUAAUCGCAUCGUAGGGGGCGAAAACACCAGCAUCACCGAGUAUCCAUGGAUGGCAUUGCUGCGCUAUACCAACGAUGGCGCCGAAUAUGACAGUCUUUGUGGUGGCUCGCUCAUCCAUGAGCGUUGGGUACUGACUGCAGCGCAUUGCGUGACCAGUCGCGAUGCGGAUCAGCAAUUGCGGCAGGUUCGUCUAGGUGAAUGGAAUACCACCAGCUCGCCCGAUUGUCAAGUAUUCAAGACCAAUCGAAUCUGCGCUCCGCCACAUAUUGAUGUCAACAUCGAUCGCAUCAUUGUGCAUGAACAGUACACGCCAGAGAACAACUAUGCCAACGAUAUUGCGCUGUUGCGUCUCAAUCGUAGCGUCGCCUUUACCGACUUUGUGCAGCCAAUUUGCCUGCCCGCCGCGAGCAACAGUGUAGAGUACGCCUAUGCUGGCUAUGCCAUGGAAAUAGCCGGCUGGGGCAAGACGGAUCAAGCGCUAUUUAGCGUCAGUCCGGUGAAAAAGAAGGCUGAAAUCACGGCGAUAUCGAUUGCCAGCUGCAAAGUGGUUUAUCCGCAGCUCGUCAAUGGUCAAAUAUGCGCUGGUGGUGAUACGAAAGAGAGCACAUGUCGUGGCGACUCCGGCGGCCCGCUCAUGUUGCAGGACAACUUUGAGAGCAGUGGCAAUUUCUACUUAACGGGCAUCAUCUCGCUGGGCUCGAGCAAUUGCAACGGUGUUGGAAAUCCGAGGGUCUUCACACGCGUCGAGCACUAUAUAAACUGGAUCAUGGGAACCAUGAGCGCCAACAGUAGCUAAACGAAUAAACAAGUUGCGUUAGAUUUAA